GAUUCACUCUUGUUUUUGUGCAUUUCAAGAUAGAUAUCCUACCACAACAACAGAAAAUACUAUCUUUUCUUCACUUACACUCUAAGUAAAAUCUGAAUCUACAGGCUACAGAAACCUGUCUCUAUUUUCACCAUGUUACACCAACAAAAAUUGACAACAAUUUUGUGAAAUUUUCACACUCUACCUCUACCCAAAAAAAUGUGGAUUAUGAGGACUCAUAAUGCACUGCUAUGUGCAGCAGCUGUCACUUCAGUAUGUCUAGCUGUUGAAAGCCCAGUUUUAGCCAAGAAUCCCUUUGCAAUUGGAGCAGGCUGUAUCUCUACUUUGAUCAGCCUGUGUCGUCAAUAUUGGAAUCCAAGGAACAGAAUACGGGCGAGACUCCAUAGGAUGCUGCACACCAGACAGGUCAACUUUGACAAAGACAGUCUCUCUCACCUCAUAAAGGUCCUUCAUAUACCAGACCCAUUUGUGACAACACAUUGUGGUUACCAGUUCCAAGCAUUUGAUGCUCUAUGUAUACUUUGUGCUCACUUGGCAUAUCCUGCAUGA